GGAGGCGGGCAUGGCCAAGAUGUCCCAGAGACGUGCUAAAUCUACACAUGCCUAGACAGCCUCUGCUGAAGGGAUUCCUAAAGGGCCUUGACUGCAAUUUAAAAUGGCCUCUGGGAAAGUUGGUGUGCAAAUGCUGCCUGAACCGAACCAGGUGUGAAACACUCCCUGAGAUGUAGGCCAUGUGCUUGAAAGUCUCCCCCUCCAUCUGCAAAAUGAGGUUUUGUACAGUUUCAUGUACAGUUGAUCUGGAACAGCAUCACUGAAAUAUUCCCUCUGGACACCAUUCUAAAGGUGUCUUCAGUGCUUGACAAAGAACAUUUCCAGAUAUGCUGCAGAUAUUAAGCCUUUGCCUCCCAACAUAAAAGAUAAGCUGAUAAAAUUAAUGAGUAUGCAAGGGCGGAUAACUGAUUCAAACAUCAGUGAGGUGCUGCACCCAGCAGUGGAGACGCUAGAUCUUAGAGAUUGUGAUAUUUCAGAUACUGCCCUGCUGCAACUUUGUAAUUGCAAGCAACUGAAAAAAAUUAACUUAAAUUCUUGUAAAGAAAACAGACUAGCCAUCACUUCAGAAGGAGUCAGAGCUCUGGCCUUGUCUUGCCCUUAUUUACGUGAAGCCUCAUUUAAAAGAUGCUGCAAUGUAUCAGACAGCGGAGUUCUUGCUCUGGCACUCAAUUGCCGCCAUCUACAAAUAGUUAACUUAGGCAGCUGCUCAGGCAUCACCGAUGCAUCCCUGCAUGCGCUUGGACAGAACUGCAGAUUUCUACAUAGUGUGGAUUUUUCAUCUACUCAGGUGACUGAUAAUGGUGUCAUAGCACUAGUUAGUGGGAUGUGUUCAAAGAAUUUAAAGGAGAUCCACAUGGAACGCUGUGUGACUCUGACAGAUGUAGCUGUGGAAGCUGUCCUUACCUGCUGUCCGGAGAUCUAUAUUCUGCUGUUUCAUGGAUGCCCAUUGAUAACAGAUCGUUCCCGAGAAGCCUUGGAGCAAUUAGUUGGACCAAACAAAAUUAAGCAAGUGACAUGGACUGUUUAUUGAUUUUUAUAUAAAGUUCCCAGAUGGUAAAGCUUUUUCAAGAAACAACCAUCUCUCGGGAACAGCUUUCUCUCUGGUAACCACUGUCUUUUGUAAUACCAGAUUCCUUCAUUCUUUGUUUCUACUAGAGCUCUCUGUCAGCCUCCAAGUCCUUUCAUGUCUUAGGUGUGCCUAAUACCCUGUUAAAUGAUAUUUCUUGUAAUUAAAGUAAUGCCUCUCUUUA